GGUUGUGAUGGUUUUGUUAAUAUCUGGGAUGGAUUUAAUCGCAAGCGGCUUGCUCAGCUACAUCGAUUCCAUACCAGCAUAGCAAGCCUUGACUUUUCUGAUGAUGGAACCCAGCUUGCGAUUGCUGCUGCCUACAUGUACGAAAAUGGUCAGCUUGAGAACCAACCAGAGUCAGCGUUAUUUGUACGUUCUAUCCUUGAUCAUGAAGUGAAACCCAAACACCUAAACACACAACAACAGACAUCUCAACCACCUCCUCCACCCCCGACUUCAUCAGUGACGUUAGCAGUGCAGCAACAGACGGUGCCCUCUAUGUCAGGCUCUCUCUACUUAACGGCAGGAGGUCCAGGAGCUCCAAGACAUUAA